AGCCUUUCCCAGGGUCUGGCUGACGCUGCGGUUGUGGCGCCCCGAGCAGCCUUGGCAUCGCAGCCGUCAUGAAGCUCGCCGGGGCUCUCCUCCUGGUCUGUACGCUGGCCCAUCUCUGCAGCUGCUCGGAGGCUGCUAGUCUGCCUUUGACAAAGGUGGACUGCAGCGUUUACAGGAAGUACCCGGUGGUGGCCAUCCCCUGCCCCAUCACAUACCUGCCUGUUUGUGGUUCUGACUACAUCACCUACGGGAAUGAAUGCCACCUGUGUACCGAGAGCUUGAGGAGCAACGGAAGAGUUCAGUUUCUUCAUGAAGGAAGCUGUUGACAUCUCCACGGACGUGGACACACAGCAGGGACCCGCUCGCCGCCACCUUCGUCGCCCUGGGGCCUGGCUGCCUCUCCCUCCCGUUAGCAGACGUUCAGGGUCGGCGGCAGAGAUGCGUCAGUCGCCUCUCCUGGGUGGAGAGAGCUGCUGGCUCCCAUUCAGACUCCUGCCUCCCAAUACUAACACGUCAAAAUAACCAGAAACCUACGAUGAAAUUCUGCCAAGCCAUGGUUGACUUUAAUGUAUCAAACAAAAUAAGAACAUGUAUUAAAAAUGUCAGAGAACUA